UUCGAAAGCUCCCCCUCGAUUGUACAGUUGGUGGCGACAGGAACCUUUAAAAAUGCUUUACAAGUCUGCCAGUCAACUCGACGACGACGACGAAACAGAAGAAGAAGAAGAACUUACUUCCGGAUUACUUCCGGGUUGUCAUAUUUGAAAUUUGAAUGGUAAAAAACCAAGUUGGUAUUAAUAACACACGCGGGUGAAAUUGCUUGAAGCCUCCGUUCUUCAAAGAAAGAAGAAAACAGAAAUGGACACGAAGAGUCGGGCAGUUUGUUUAACGUAUUCCAGCCCAGAGACGAGCUAACAAACUAGCUAACUCACCUGCUAAUCUGGUUUAUUCGGUUGGUAAUGGAGAGGCUAAUGCACAAGCUCACAGGGAGGAACGUCCUUUUCACGGCUUCCUUCGUUAUUCGACUGGCUUUGGUGGCUUAUGGAGACUACCAGGACAGGACCAUGGUGGUGAAGUACACAGAUAUUGACUACCAUGUGUUCACAGAUGCUGCGAGGUUCAUUACUGAGGGCGCGUCUCCAUACAACAGGUCGACCUACCGCUACACUCCUCUUCUGGCCCUGCUUCUCACACCCAACAUCUACCUCAGCAUGGUGUUUGGCAAGAUCCUCUUCAUAAUCUGUGAUGUGCUAUCAGGCCUGCUCAUUUACAGAAUCCUCUGCCUGCGAGGUCUGGGCUCUGAGACUGCCCGUCGCGUCUCUUCUCUGUGGCUUCUCAACCCGCUGCCCAUGGGAGUAUCCAGCCGAGGGAAUGCUGAGUCAAUCCUGGCUGCGCUUGUGCUGGGGACAUUGCUCUGUAUGGAAGCCCGACAUCUCCUGUGGGCAGCUGUACUCUAUGGCUUGUCAGUUCAUAUGAAGAUUUACCCCAUUACAUAUGCUCUGCCCAUUGUUUUGACCCUGCGUACACCAGAGACCAGAGCAGAGGCUGACAAAAAGAGCUGGAAGUGGAAGAGGCUCCUCGUAUUUGUUGGAAGUUUCCUCAACCGAGAACUGCUCCUCUUUGCAAGUGUGGCUGGAGGGGUUUUCUGUGCGCUCACGGCUCUCUUCUAUUACAUGUACGGUUGGCAGUUUCUUCAUGAGACCUACUUGUACCAUCUGACCAGGAGGGACAUCAGACACAAUUUCUCCCCAUACUUCUAUAUGCUCUACCUCACUGCAGACAGCAGGUGGAGCCAGGGCCUUGGCCUGGCAGCAUUCCUGCCUCAGCUCACCCUGCUGUUGGUGGCAUCAUGGGCCUUCCACCGUGACCUGGCCUUCUCCUGCUUCCUCCACACAGCCAUCUUCGUCUCCUUCAACAAAGUCUGCACUUCACAGUACUUUCUCUGGUACCUGUGCUUACUUCCACUCGUCAUCCCACACCUGAGUCUGUCAGUGAAGCAGGGCUUGGGACUGCUGCUCCUGUGGUUUGCUGGACAGGGUAUCUGGUUGGGUCCAGCCUACUUCUUGGAGUUUGAGGGCUACAACAGCUUCUUGUUGAUCUGGUUCGCUGGGUUGCUCUUCUUGGUCAUUAACUGCUUCAUCUUGAUUCAGAUCAUAGCCCAUUACAAGGCAGCACCAAGUCCACAGAGGCUAAAGUCUGAAUGACACUUCAGGACUUUGAUCAAAACUUCAGGAUGAAGAUUCAAAGGAUGUUCAAAAACCUGCACCAUGGAUGCAUGUACAACACUGUUUGUAUUUUGUUAAACUUUCAGUCUUCCCAGUUUUUAAUGACUUUUUUGAGCAUUCUAAGUCAUUUCGGCACAGAACAGUCACACAGUGCCUUUUUCUGAACAACAAAGCCUCCGUUGGAUUUUCAGUUGUUCUGAGUUAAACCCAUGGAUUAAAUGCCUGCUAUUGUAGGUCAAAACACUUAAAUCCACAGUGAGUCACAUUGGGCAGAAAACUCCUAUUGCACUGCUUUCUCCAGAUUGAAACUUUCCAAAGUCCCAUGACGAAGCAGAGGUUUUCAAUUUGCUGUCAGGGGUAAAAUACCUGCUGGAGAUCAGAGAUCACAGCCUCAGCAAACAGUUGUGGGCCAAAGUGUCUAACACACCCUUCAGGGUUUUUUUGGUUGGCAUUUUCCCUUCAUAUUGAUGGGAAGCACUUUCUCACUCCAGAGGGACAAGUAAUCCAGUUGUGUGCAGCUACAAUUCAUGCAGUCCUUAGUCUGAGUGUCUCACUUUCCUGCUGACAUUAAUGUGGGAACUCCUUUCAAGCCCUUAAAUCAGGGAUUAGGAUGCACUGUACAGAUUUUACAUUGCAGAGUCCAGGGAAAUCUCAACUAAAUCAUGUCAUGUUUAUGAGCUGACCAGUCUAAGUGGAGGCUGGCCUCCACCUUAGUCUAAUAAGUUGCAAGUGUUCUCUUGGUUUGUGGGAAAAUACUUGAAGCAUCAUGCUCUUUGCUUCGCUGGAUUUAAUAGUAAAGCCAGUUGACUUAAACUUUUGGUAAGACAAGACGUUCUCUGUUGUGACUCAAUCAUGCUGUCAAAUAUUUGCACACAGAAAUGUUUGUGCGUUGGAUUUUCUGUUGUUGCCUGUAAGAGUUUGCCAAUAACAUAACUAAUGUAUCAUGCAUCUGUGUUACACAAGCAAAUAUACAAGAAGUGGUCCAAACUCUAGGGUUGAGUAAGAGCGAAGAAAAUGUUGGCAAUCGGAGUGGAAUGCUUUGUGGCUAACUGACAUUUUUACACAGCGUGGGUUUGGAUUCAGAAGUUUUGUGAUUUUAUAUUUUAGCAACUCAUCUCUCUCUGCUUCAGUGAUGAAUAAAAUAUAAGAAAAAA